ACGUGAUUUACGUGACCGACGUAUCACUCUGACAAAGCUCCCACGGAGGCAUAUUCGUUGAAUGAAUCUGAGAAAGAAAGAGUGAGUGGCGUUUGGAUCUGAAAUGGGUACAUUUGAUUUCAUCAUUUUGAUGAUGGGUUCACUUUUUUUGUUUAAAGCUCUCGAUUUUGCUUUCUGGGUCUCCUUCUUCUGCUCCUUUUGAUCCCCCCAUUUCAGUGUUUCCCAAAUCUGUUACCAUGAGAAAGAAGCUGGAUACCCGUUUCCCUGCAGCUCGGAUAAAGAAGAUAAUGCAAGCAGAUGAGGAUGUUGGAAAAAUAGCUCUGGCUGUGCCUGUUUUAGUUUCUAAAGCUCUAGAACUAUUUCUGCAAGAUCUCUGUGACCGUACUUAUGAAAUAACUCUUCAAAGAGGAGCGAAGACCAUGAAUUCAUUGCAUUUAAAGCAUUGUGUACAGAGCUACAGUGUCUUUGACUUUCUGAGGGAUGUUGUCAGCAGGGUUCCUGACUAUGGCCAUGGCCAUGGCCAUGCUGAGGGUGGUGCUGAUGAUCGGCCCAUUUCAAAAAGAAGGAAAGCUGUAGGUGAUGAUUGUAAUGACAGUGAUGAAGAGGCUAAGAGGAGCAAGAUGCAUGAGUUGAACCACACUGGCAGUACUGGUAGGGGAAGAGGCCGAGGUAGAGGAAGAGGCCGUGGUCGAGGGUCUCGAAAUGUCAUAAGAGAGGCAUGUCAUCAGGAUGCUGAAGCCGAGCCUUGCACUUCUGUUCAGCAAGGCAGCCAACUUAAUACAAACACAAGUGUGGCAAUACAUAAUGGUCCAGAGUUGAAGGAGAACGUUGCAGUUUCUGUUGUAAGCACCGAGCCACUCCGGAAUAUUGAUCUGAAUACCAAUACGAACGAAAACGAUGACAAAAAGGCUAGCACACCAGCUAAUGCGCCAUUGCCUGAACCUCCAACAGAGGGCAAACACGAAGAAAUUCCAGGUUGGUCCCUUUCUGAUGUGGACAAGGUGGCCAUUGAUUCAAUGCAGCUUGCACAGAUUGGUAGGCAACUAGAAGAGGACGAGGAAGAUUAUGAUGAAGAGGAAGGGUAAAUAUUAUAUAGUCUUUGGGUGAUUAGAUUAGUGAAAAGCUCAUGAUAACUGUAGAAUAAGUACAUACUAGUGCUAUGUUUAUGAGUAUCCACUAGCAGUCAAAUUAUGCCUCGUGUUGUUGGCUGAAAAAAAAAUUCUGAAUAUCCCGUAAUUUUAAUCUGGUUUGUGUAUGUUAGCAAUAGCUUAUGUUCUUGUGUAGCUGAUGUAUCUUUCUCUUAACCAGUAAGGUUAGCUUCGUGUACUUCUAGGCGUAUAAUGUAGAUUACAUUCUGGAUGGAGUGAAAUUUAUGCAUCCAAACCCAAUUUAAUAUUAUUGCAAGUAACUAUGUUACUAUUUGU